AUGCGCUCACUGAACGUGACAGCGUGCGCGGCGCUGCUUGCGGACGUGCGCUGGAGCGAGCCGACCAGCGUCGCGAGCCUCGCCGUGCUAGCGCUCAUCGAUGUACUCGUCAUUGCCGGUAAUUGCUUGGUGAUCGCAGCAGUACUGUGCUCUUCGAAGCUACGUAGUGUGACUAACCUCUUCAUAGUGUCACUAGCGGUAGCAGAUCUACUGGUAGGAGUGGCAGUGCUACCCUUCUCAGCGACCAGGGAGGUAUUUAAGAUCUGGAUAUUUGGCGACGUCUGGUGUUCGGUAUGGCUAGCCGUGGAUGUAUGGAUGUGCACUGCCUCUAUCCUCAAUCUCUGCGCCAUAUCCUUGGACCGUUACUUGGCUGUGACUAGACCCAUGAGCUACCCUAGCGUAAUGAGUAAGAAGAAGGCCAAGUUCUUGAUAGCUGGUCUUUGGGUGCUGUCGUUUGUCAUCUGCUUUCCACCGUUAGUGGGAUGGAAGGAUAAAAAGCCAGAAGAAGAAGACCUCAUGUGGUCCAUAAACCCUCCUUGUCCAUGGACCUGUGAACUCACCAACGACGUUGGCUACGUCGUUUAUUCAGCUCUUGGUUCCUUCUACAUCCCAAUGUUCGUGAUGCUGUUUUUCUAUUGGAGGAUAUACAAAGCUGCCGCGAGAACGACCAAAGCGAUUAAUCAAGGCUUUCGGACUACUAAAGGUACUGGAUUAGGCAGCAGGUUCGAUGACAACCGCCUCACGUUACGGAUACACAGAGGACGGGGGUCCGCCAGACCCCACGGGUCACCUCUCUCCACGGCCUCUAACCACUCUACCAGUACUUCACUAAGCGUAUCACCCGAGAGGUUGAGAAGGCAUUCUAGUGCGAGACGUGCUCACGAAAAGGUCAAAAUAUCAGUAUCCUAUCCAUCAUCAGAACAAAUCUGUCCAGCUCACGAGAACUCCAGGUCACCUAGUAGAUCACCAAGCCCAUCUCUAUAUGCAGUUUACUACGAAAGGGAUGGAAGAGAAUUGACAGAGAGUAGAUUAAAGGUUAGACCGUCUCAUCACCUAUCACCAACACCGUUUUAUGAUGAAGAUGAUGAUAAACCAAGGACAAGGAAAAUGGGAAGAAGGAAUAUAAAAGCACAGGUGAAACGUUUUCGAAUGGAAACCAAAGCAGCCAAAACCCUGGGCAUAAUAGUCGGAGGAUUCGUGUUCUGCUGGCUGCCAUUCUUCAGCGUGUACGUCGUGCGAGCGUUUUGCGGAGACUGUGUGACGCCCAUCGUCUUCUCGGUGCUGUUCUGGCUUGGAUAUUGCAAUUCUGCGAUAAAUCCUUUGAUAUAUGCGCUGUUUUCUAAAGACUUUAGGUUCGCCUUCAAACGUAUAAUAUGCAAGUGCUUCUGCGCUGGCAACGGUUCGAGGAGGGAAUCGGCCGCUGAAGAAGUGACUCGCCGCCGACCACCUCACUCGCACUCACACUCACACUCGCUAGAAGACGACUGCACCAUAAUAAAUACGAAUGCGAGAUGACGUCAACCCGUGCGACGGCAAAACGCCCAGUUCCAGGCUACCGUCGCAUGUAUGUAACAACAAAACAGACUUUCAUAUUUCCAAUUUAAAUG